AUGGGUAGUGAAGAGGAUUCGAUUGAGCAAAGCGUUGCGUCCCGUCGCGAGAGACUGCUAGCCCUCAGAGCAGCUCAGGAGUUGUCCAGUGCUCCCGAACCUGAAUCCGAACCCGAACAACCUAAGGAUAACGGCGAUGGUGAAGAAGAAGAUCAACAUCAAGAAAUGAAAUUCCGUAACUACGUUCCUCAUGACAAGAACCUUCAGGAAGGGAAGCUUGCCCCUGCGGUGCUCCCGAAGUUCGAAGACCCUGUCGAUGUGCCUCCACCCGAACCUCAGGCCCAGGAGGAUCCGUUUCUGAAUAUUGCUCCGAAGAAACCUAACUGGGACCUGCGGAGAGAUGUGCAGAAGAAGCUUGAUAAGCUGGAGAAGCGAACUCAGAAGGCUCUCUAUCAACUAAUGGUGGAACAAGAAAAACAAAAGCAAUUGACUGAAGGAGAUGACACGAAUGGCACAGCAGAGUAG